AAAAACGCGCUAAGUGAAGGCAUGCAAUCAAGUUGUUUAUUUUUAAAGAAUUAAAACCUGUAUUAUUAUAGUGAUGAAUUGGUGAGCAAGCGAACAUACAAAGCGCCUACAUGUUAUAAAAUUACGUGAGAAGAACGCAACACUGUAGAUAAGCAGUUGUUACAGUAGUAACAAUAGUUAAUUUUUUCGCAUCGUCAAAUUCAUUUUCGAAAUAACUUGUGUCAAUGAGAGGGCCUAGGACACACGGUGUGCAAAAUAACGGUAACCCCAGUUGUAUAGGUAAGCGUUCAAAUAUGCGGACAAAAAGAAAGAUUUUGAGUGGUGUUCUCCAUCCGAGUGAAGCCAAGAAAAUCAAAGACUCGAAGCGAAAGUGCACCAAAAAACGCAAUGAAGACGAACAAAUAGGUUCAAUAUCGAACUUUGAAGUUAUAGUCGUUGACGGAAGAUGGGAUACAUCCCAAGCUAUUCCAUCAUUAGUUGGUGAAUUGCGAAACAUUAAUGAUGUGGUGAACAUGGAUGAAAGUGGUACAUGCAACAAUAGUGUCAAACGGUAUGCUGAGAAGAGAAAUUCGAAAAUAAACAGAUGUGCAGAACCCUACAAACCAAUUUUGGAAAAUUCGAAAGAGAAGAUGGAAACAUCAAAUAUGCCAUUUGAUGAUUCCGGAAUCCAGUGCAAUGACAACGACGAUUCAUCUAAUUUGACGUGGUUAAUAAACUUUAAACUCGACACUAUCAUUCAAGGUGAUUGUUUGGAUGACGAUGAAGGCAUAUAUGAAAAAGAAAAUGAAGAGGAUAAACUUAUUUUCGAAGGUGCCCAAGCCAUUGCACGAGCUAAAUCACGCGACAAUGCAAGAAUGUUUUUAUCGGAUUCUCAUGAAAACGUGGAGAAAUCACAAUCCCAAAUGUCAUCAAAUAGAAGCAGCAACCACCAGACGAGCGGCGGACAUAAGAAACCACCUUUCACAUAUACUGAACUAAUUGAGCAAGCCCUCCGAGAGAAAGGAGAGCUCACGGUUUCUGGAAUCUACUGCUGGAUAUCGGAGCACUUUCCCUUCUACAAGGCUGAUGAUGACAGAUGGAAAAACUCGGUCCGGCAUAAUUUGUCAAUUAAUCCUCACUUUCGAAAGGGGUCCAAAGCCUCUCAAGGUGCGGGUCAUCUUUGGAGAGUGGCCAACUUGGAAUUAACUCCACUUUCAACGAGGAAACAACAACGUAUUCAUGAAUUUAUCUCUGAUGUAAUAACGCUGGAAGAAGUUGAAGCAGCUACUGCCAGCAUCGAAGAAAAUAAGGAAAACAGAUCUUUGCCCGAUGAAUUAUUCUUGGAGUCUCUGGAUGACGCCGUAGAAAACAGUAGUUUUUCUCCAACAGAAAUAUUUAGUUCGGAUCAGACUAUUUCUCUUGAGCAAUCUGCUGAAGAAAUAUUAAGUGGUGUGAAGAAAGAUGUGGAAGUACAAUACUUGAUUCCUAUCCAAGAAAAGCCUUCACAGAAGAAUGAUUUCUUAAAUCCCAUCACAAAGGAUGUGACUGUUCAAGAAUGUGGACUGAUGGAGCGAGAUGGAGACGUGGAAAGUACAUUCCUUAUCACCGAUCUGAACCCUAUUGCUCUUGAGCUCAAUAUGAUUGAACCUGAAGUAAUAACUUCAGAUACCUUGUUUUCGGAUGACAUGGAUUUUGAGUGCUAUGAAUUUACACCACAGCAGUUGCAGGUGUAAGAGACAGCUCUGCAUCAAGCAAGGCAAUGC